CUGUGGGAGCUCAGCUCAGCUCAGCUCAGCUCAACUCAGCUCCGCUAACUGGCGCAGACCUCGCUGUUGAGUCAACGUAACAUCUGCUCUGUUGUAGCGAUGACAUAGCGGCUGCAGCAGCUAGCGUCGCCCUCACACCUGGACUGGACCGGACCGCACAGUCUCCGCUCUGCCGUCGCUUCACCUCACUUUACAGCAGUUAUUUGCGUGAGCUGGCUACACCGCAAAUUAGUCACCAAUGCUCCCAGAGAGCUGCCCUCGCACAGAUUUCGAUCUAAGUUGCUGCAAGCUAGCGUUAGCUCGCUGCCGCUACCCUUCAGACAUUGAAGUGGCCACAUAAACAUGCGGAUCAUCGAGACGCAGAGCCCGGGGACACCUCUAACGUUGAACGCUUUCUGCAGGACUCGAGCUUCGACUGGCCGCUGACCGGACUCUGCACAGUCUCUGCAGAGGGGGAGGGAGCGACAGAUCUCUAGGACCAGAUUGCCCGCUGAACUUUGCACCUCUCAGACACAUCUCCAGGGACCAUGCUGACCAUCCUAGCUGCUGGGUCUGUCUUCUUUCCCGGUCUGUUCUUACUGUCCAAGCAAUGCCUCAAGUCCAUCCCAGCACUGAGAUGGAGCGAAGGAGAUGCAGUCAUCGUUUCUGCCAGGUUGGUGUCGUCAGUUCAGGCAGUCAUGGCUUCCUCAGCUGGCUACAUCAUUGCUUCCUCCUGCGAGGACAUCAUUGAGGACCAACACUGGCUGACCAGCACGUACAUCAUGUUUGCUGUCCCCUACUUUGUCUACGACAUUUAUGCCAUGUUCAUGUGCUACUGGUACAAGCUGCGGGUCAAAGGGCACGAGGAGGCCUCGGCAGCGCCGCAGCAUAUGAGCUCUGCGCUGACCAGCUACUUGCGGCGCGAGUUCCUCAUGGUGCUGCACCAUGUUGUCAUGGUCACCGUCUGCUUCCCAGUCUCUGUGUUCUGGAGACAAGGACGGGGGGAUUAUUUCCAGGGUAUAAUGUUCAUGGCUGAACUCAGCACUCCGUCUGUCUGCUUAGGAAAAAUACUUAUCCAGUACAAACAGCAACACACUCUCCUGCACAAAGUGAACGGAGCUCUAAUGCUGAUCACUUUUUUCAUCUGUCGAGUCCUCCUCUUCCCUUACCUCUACUACGUCUAUGGAAGGUACGCCUCUAUCCCAUUCCACAUGGUUCCCUUCUCUGUGCCAUGGCACUGUAACCUGGGUGCCUCCCUGCUUAUGGCCCCGCAGCUCUAUUGGUUCUCCCUCAUUUGCAGGGGAGCUCUGCGACUAUUCUUGGGCUCCUCCCGCUCCCAGAGACCACGCCCAACGACGGCCUCGCCAAAGGAGCGCCAGACGGACGGGAGCGCUCUGCCGCAGCCCGCCAACGGCUACAGCACCCGCUCCACAGAGCCCGACCUGGCCACUCACUGAGAGGAGUGGAGGGGGAGGGAGGGGGAGGGCGGGCGGUUAGGGAGGGAGGGAGGGAGGGAGGGCGAAUGUACCAAUGAAGUUUGUUAAAGGAAAGAAAGCUGUGAAAGGGAAAAGUGAGACUUGAAAAAUGUAGCAAUAUGAAGAAAGCUACAGACGACGGCCUCAAAUAGUGCUGAAGUGUUUGGGGGCCGGCAGCCACACUGAGGGCCGGGGGCCACACUGGAGCCAGUUUAAGUCUUGGAACCACUUCUUUUUAUUUGAUGGUCUGCCACGCUGCGUCUCUCAGAUCCUCUCUGAUUCUCUCUGCUUGCGUCUGGUUCAUAUCAAAAACUGACCUUUGACCUCAGUGUUAAAGACUAUAGCAAUCAAAUUUAACUUGUGUCGCGCCAAAUCACACCAUCCAUGACCUGAAAGGCACUUUAUAAAGUACGGCUGAGACAUCACUGGCGUUUACUGUGAGACUUUGCUGGACUGUAGUCGGUCUGCAAGUGAGAAUGAUCAUUGUUCUCCAAACCUGGAAACAAUGCUGUUCAUAAAUGUAAUAUUUUAUCCACAAAACAAAUGAAUGCUUCUCACCUGGAAACAUUUCCUGCAUCUCUAAGCAAAAUCUUCUCUUUUUAAAUUAAAAUAAAACCGGUGGAAUGAGGUGGAGCAGCUCAGAGGUGUGCAGACACAUCAUGGUCACGAGUUGAACUCCAGUCCCUUGUUUGGAUAAAAGCGUCUGCUAAAUGCACAACUGUAAAUGUAAUGUCAGUGCACAUGAAGCCGUUAAAUCCACUUUUCAAUAGUCCAAACCUCCUGAUGUCAGCGUCGCGUGUGCUUCGGCCAAUCUCUAUUAGAACACAGGAAAUAUCGAUGCACCUUUAAAAUAAUACUUAUUUAAGACUUUUUGCAGUGCUAGUUAUACAUAUAUACUUUAUAACUAGUCAAAAUAACUGAUUUUGACUAGUUAUUUUAAUAUUUAUCAAUAUUUUUUACAUUAGGUUUAAAUGUAAAACGAAUAAAAUGAGGUGUUAACGUCUCAUGAGAUCAGUGAAAGAAAUCAUGUUGCUUGGUGAGAGGUCAUUGAAGUUCUUGUUCGUCGUGGGUGGAGCGGAGACGAUAGCAAUCCGUCCACGGGUGUUUUUACACCUGUGUUUACACGCGUUUAAGGCGCCAUGUGAUCAUACAUUUUGAAUGCCUAAGAGACUGCAGCAGAGUCUUCUACGUCAUUCCAGUCACAGGAUUUAAAUGAGUGUCGCAUCCACGAGGACAACAGCAAAGACAUUGUCCAUGCACGUGUCCUGCACGCUGUCCGCAGCAGAUCGUUGCCUCACUCCCUGUCUCCAUGAACCUCAAGUUCUUCUUUUAAGCGCCCGUCGCUCGCCGCUCACACUCGCGUCCCCGCGUGGCCCAGACUCAGUGGCCGGGUGAUUCGGUUGCCGGCCGACUUGUACUUCAGCUCGUUUGUGGGACAGUGAAAGGAGUGUUGUUUUCACACUGGAGUAUUUUCAUGAUGUCGUCAGACACUGUGACAGACGGGAACACGCACUGACACCUGAGAGGAAUCUGCCGGGAUGUCUGUAUGUAUGUAUAGUGAGCAUAGGUGGCCGUUUCCCUCAUGUAGAUCAAACUCUGACCUCUCUGCCUGUGCAGGAGAGCUGGAAAUGAAACUAGGAAUGUAUUAUAUUGUAUGUUAGUACAUUUGCUGUAGACAGAAGGUCUCUUUCACUUUAGUCUUGAAGAAGACCUUUAAAAAAAGUUAAAAAAAAAAAAAGAUUCUCCUGGCUAAGCAGUAUUUUGACUUGUUAGUGUUUAAUUAUCUGUAUCCUCUAUGUAAUCACUGUCACUCUAACACAAAUGUAACCAACCUGCAGACUGACUCAUCUGUAGACGGGAGACUGUAUUCUGCUGCCUUAUCCCUUCUCGCCCUUGUUUACUUUUCUUUAUGUCUUUAUUUAUUUGUAUCCUCGGAGGAGCUUUCCCCCCUCGGGCACAAUCACGUGACAGGUUUACGUCGUCCACAUGUUUCCAUGUCAGUAUUAGCCCCUCCCCCUCGGGUUUUUGUUACAUUUGGCGUUUUUGGCCGCUCGGUGAAUGCAGACGAGCCCUAACGUUACACGUCCCUGCUUCCUGUUUCAGUGUAGAUACUUCAUUCCACUUCCUGCCGUCGCUGCUGUUCGCGUCCACGGUAGCUGCCGCUUUAAACCCAAUCGCUCUUUUUCUUAGUUAAAGGGAUAGUUCAGUUUUUGUUAGUGUAAGUUCAGCUUUAUUAAGUGUCAGUUUUCCCUCAUUGGCAGCCCUGUUUCCUAUGGAAGCCAAACUCUUGGUGUUUCUCACAAUCGAGGACCCUACCUUAGGAGAGAGGAUUCUUCCUAGUCUUGAGCCGUACAGUGAGCGUACUUGCAAGUGUGUGAAAUGCUGCAUUGAUUGCUGAGUGAAUCGUGGUAAGUUCUGUGGUGGAAGGAUUCUUCCUUGACCUUGAGAAACGCCUCCUGUGUCACAGGCUUGUGUCCGUACCUCAAAAAAAAAACCUGAACUGUCCCUUUUUAAGCGCUGAUGUAAAUCUCAUUGAAUUGGCUGAAUGUUGUCUAAAGGGAUUCGUCAAAGCGACACAGUCAUUUCCUCGUGCUCCGCCUUCGGCACAUUUUCUUCUAGCUUGAUGCUGAUUUUGCUCAUUUUCUUAAAAAAAAAAAAACCAAACCACUGAAUUCUUGUAUGAAUUGCUCUGAUCACUGAGCCGCUGGUUCCAUGAACCGUCACCGAACAAACGGGCCUGUUUUGUUGUUUUUUUUGUUCGUUUAAAGCAGCUACACUGUCCUGGAAAUGGGUCAAAAAAAAAAAAAGAAAGCAUUAAACUCAGAAACCAUGACGACAGGGCAGCGCGUGCCAAACUAAACUGUGGGCAUGUUGGACACAGAGAACCCCCACCACCACCCCAUGACCUAAUACACCAUAACCGCUUCUUGACAAAUACUAAAACAUUUCAACCGAUGUACUGUAUAUUAUUCCACAAGAAAAUGCUCGUUAUUUAUUUGUAUGUAUUUAUUUAUUUAUUUAUUUGGUUUGUGGUUUUUUGAAUGCAUAAUUAUGCAGACAUACUAUACUCUGUGCUUCUGAGCCUUGUAUGAAGGCGCUAUUGUUACUCCAACUUAGCUAAAAAUAUACUUCUCUGUCCUGA